AUGAAGGAUGAACCAAGGCAUCGUUAUUUCUGCGCUCAUUUUCUUCGCUGUCGUGGGAGACACAACGCUCCCACGCGGGCUGCUGGGCAGCCUGCCUCUCCGGACGGCCGGGACAGGCAGUAACGCGCCACCUCCCCACGCCGGCUCCGCCCCGCCGCAUCGCGGCGUGCCUCGCACAAGAUGGCGGCGCCCACGCUGUCGCGGCGCUGUUGCCGCGCGGCGGAGUUAUUUGGCGCCCUGCGGCGGACCCGGCCACCGGGAACGCGGCACGUCCACGAGCGGCCGCAGCGGGCCCGGGGCGCCAAGGGGCUGCUGGCGGCGCAGUUCGAGCGCGGCCUCUUCCAGGAGGUGUUCCCGGCGCAGGGCGCGGACGAGCAGCUGGAAGCGCUGCUGGAGCCGGGCCGCCCGCCCGUCGCCGUUUACUGCGGUUUCGACCCGACGGCGGACUCGCUGCACGUCGGGCACCUGCCGGCCGUCAUGGCGCUGCUGCACUUCCAGCGCGCCGGACACACCGUCUUGGCUGUGGUGGGCGGCGCGACGGCGCGGCUGGGCGACCCCAGCGGCCGCGAACGCGCGCGGGAGCCGCUGGAGGCCGAGAAGGUGCGGGCCCACGCGCGGGGGCUGCGCGAGGGGCUGGGGCGGCUGCUGGAGAACCACCGCGCGCUGUUCUGGGCGGCGGGCGGAGGGCGGCCCCUGGGCCGGGCGGAGCUCCUGGACAACGCGUGGUGGCUGGGCCGCGAGCCGCUGCUCGACUUCCUAUGCGGCGCCGGCGGCCGCCUCCGCAUGGGCACGUUGCUAAGCCGGCAGGCCUGCCAAGCGCGGCUGCGCAGCGCCGAGGGCAUGAGUCUGGCCGAGUUCCUGUACCCCGCCCUGCAGGCCUACGACUUCUUGCACCUCCACCGGCACCACGGCUGCCGCGUGCAGCUGGGCGGCGCCGACCAGAUGGGCAACAUCAUGUCCGGAUACGAGCUCGUCACCAAGAUGACAGGAACAGAUGUGUUUGGAAUUACUGUGCCUCUUAUUACCAGUACUACUGGAGAUAAACUGGGAAAGACUGCUGGCAAUGCAGUUUGGCUAAACAGAGAUAAGACUUCUCCGUUUGAGCUGUAUCAGUUUUUUGUUAGACAACAAGAUGACAUAGUUGAGAAAUACCUGAAACUCUUCACCUUUCUUCCUCUUGAGGAGAUUGACCACAUCAUGGAAAUGCAUGCCAGAGAGCCUGAAAAAUGGGGCCCUCAGAAACGACUUGCAGCAGAAGUAACAAAACUUGUUCAUGGCAGAGAGGGGCUGGAAUCUGCUAAGAGGUGCACCAAAGCCCUUUAUCACAGCAGUGUGGAGGCACUGGAAGCUAUGUCUGACCAGGAGUUACAGGAACUUUUUAGACAGGCUCCUUCGGCUGAAUUGAUGCUUGAACCUGGAAUGACUCUGCUUGACCUGUGUCGCAAAGCAAAUGCCAUUCCACAUGGACCUAGUGGGUACCAGAAAAUUACAGACGGUGGAGUUUCAGUAAAUGGGAUUCGUGUAACCAAUCCUGAGACUGUUCUUAUCCUUGGACAGCAUAUUCUCAAGAAUGGAGUAUCAUUGCUUAGGAUUGGAAAGAAAAACUACUACAUUAUAAAAUGGCUCACAUUGUGACAAGAAGAAUAUCUUCCUAAAAUUAGACACCACUUCAACUCUGUUGCUUGAAGAAUGUAAUUGAAGACGUUUCUAUACUGUGCAGCUCACAAACUGCCUAAUAGCAUAGUUUCAGUUUUCAGAAUACAUCAACAGAGUUCAAAUAAAGGCAGCUGAGAUUCUAAACAUGUAUGAUUUCAUGUUUUAGCUCUGGAAGUGAAUCACUGAACCAGAAAAUGAUAGAAAUCCAUACCAGAUUUUUUCCUCAUCUCCUGUUCAUCUCAAUCCUUCACAGUGAUCACGCUUCACGUAGGCCACAGAUUGCAUAUAGCAGAAAAAGCUGCAUGCUAUAUUAUAGCAGUUGCACACCUACACUGGAUUUUUUAACUCCACUAAGGUUAUGCAUUAUAAUUUGUUACAGCUGGGCUUUUUCUUAACUUACUCCUUUUUAAGUUAAUGCAGUGGCUGUCAGUAUCAGCUGUUGCCCAUGAAGAGUACGGAUUCAUGUGAUGUGCUCUCUCCACUAAAGUAUAAGAUACAGAUCUAAAAUACCAAAAAGGAGUGUUUGAAAUUGCUUUGGAAACAGGUACCACUGAAGUACAGAACUGGAAAACUGUCACAUGCAGCUCUUAGAAGUUACACCGAUGAAGAGAGAUUUCAAGCACCAUUCACAAAAGAAUGUGCACGAGAAGAUGAAAAGAUCCAUUUCAAGGAACCAAGAUGGAAACUCUCUUCCAACUACUGUAUUGUAGGUGGGAGGGGCAAUGGUCACCAGAUAUGCUACAGAACAAUUCACAGCAAGAUGUGCAAAAGGAUACUUGAAACCUUUCCUAACAAGAUGAAUGCUGCUGUUGACUUUUGACUUCAUCCUAACAUAGAAAAUCAGGAUAAGUGGGUAAGGACAAACAACCUACUAUCAACAGUUUUUUGUAUUUUUUUUUCUUAACAGGUUUGGUUUAAAGCUGCAGAAGAUUCACAAUAAAUAAGUGAAACAGUUAAGUCCUGAUAAGUAAGUUUAUUAUUGGUUAUGUAUGGUAGCAUAAUGUGUAUGAGCUUUGCAGCUUUAUUGUGGUAAUACAGAACUGAUUCACUUCUUGAAAUGGGAGGGGAGAUAGAUAAGUGUUUUUGCAAUUAAAAUCCAGCCCUUCAGACAGGGCAACAUGCAAAGGCAGCACCUUUUCAUUACAGAACACAAAAUCGUUCUAGUGCUUAUGGCCUUGCUAACAUUUGGGAGCACAGCUUCCCAAUUCCCUUGUAAGGCCAGCACAAAGGUGAGGACAUACUUCAGGGAGUAGAUGGAACAUUACAUUUAAAGGCAGUGGUGUUUUAUUCAUUGUUCUGAAAAAAACACCUUCACUGCUGGACACUGAUACUGCUUACACACCUAAAAUCUGUACAGAGCCUUGCUAUCUUCAGACUUUUCCCUUCCUGCAUUGGUGUUGCUUAUGGAACAUUGGUCCCACAUUAUUCACAGUCCUGCAAUGUAAACAACACAAAGCUACACAUGGUUACCAAAAAUAUUAGCAGUAAAAGUUGAUACUAAAAUAACAUAGAACUGGAUAACUGACUGCAAAUUACAGUAAUUUAGCAGACUGGCUCAAACUCGGGUGUUGCUUUUUUGUUCAUUUCUGAAGGGACCCUUCCUUCCUUCCCCAGUGUAAACAAAUGUGAAAUCCUCUUGGAUUUAUAAAGUGAUUGCUUUGGGCACUGACUGCAGUGUAGUUUGCAAAGAUUCAGUUAAUCCUUGCUGGGGGGAAAUGCUUUCCUAGUCUGUCAAACUGUAGCAUCUUACAGUUUUACAGUCACAGCAGCUGCAAGGAGACCAACCCCAAACUCAGCUGUCUAGAUAGUGGUAUUUAAUAAUCAUCUCUUACACUGUUGGAAUAAGUCAUGGUAUUUCAGCUUCUUCAAAACCAUCUGAUACAUAAGAAUUGGGAAAUAACUACAAGAAAUUCUAACACUUCUCUAGGACCCCUAAUAUUCUCUAUCUUUCAGGGCAGGAGAGGAGGGGAGUAGUGGUUUUUGUUGUUGCUUAAUCAACUUGGUGGUGGUUUUAUUUGCAUUGUCAACCAAGAUUUCAGUAAUAACAAGUUAUGGUGACUUACUGCUUAUACACCAGGGCUUAUUUUUCAGAUUAAGCUGUAACAUGGUGGUGCUUCACUACAUGGAGUUAUUUUCAGUCUAAGAUCCCAAUUACUUAUUGAGAUAUCCACAUCCUCUAUGUUAUUUUACUAUCUGUAAUAUACAACAGUAUGCAACAAUAUCGUGUAUAUUCUAUAGCUAUAUGAAGACAAAAAAAGUACUUAAGUUAUUCCUUCCUUGAAAAGAAAAAAAAAAAACACCUACAUAUCUUGUCAGUUUUCAAGACCAGUUUGCAUUUCUUGCAGUUUUGCCUUGUGCUGCAAUUAUGAUCAGAGCUAUCCUACACAUACAAAUCGAAAAAACCAAACACAGUUCUGAUGGGAAAAUGAUAGAAGAGCAGCAAGAGAAACUAAGCAGUUCUUGCUUUCCUCGAAGAUCUACUUUGUGUGCUUUUGUAUUUAUCUUGUUCCUUACUUGGUAGAAGCAUUCCAGCAAUACCAAAACCUGCACCUGAGAACAAAAUACACCAGUGCACACCCAUAUUAAGCUCCAAAUAAACACAAAUAGGAGUUAACAGCUACUUUCUGCUUGCAGAUAAAGCUCCUCAGAGUAGAUUAAGUCAUUUUUUAUACCUAAUCUCCUCCUGCCUUUUUCCCCUCUGUAUCCACAGAUCCUCAUAUAUCCUCAAAUUUCAAUUUAUUUUUUAAAGCAUUAGCACCCACUUUCAUCAAGUAUUAAAAGGAUUUUAUUUGUUUUUACAAAUACAAAAUUGAAAAAGUUAAAUUCUCUGUAUACAAGAUUUAUAAUAAGAUCCAUCAACUCCAAGAGCUUUAUUCUGUGCUUUCUAACCAGCUCCUAGUAAUCCAAACCCUUCCCUGAUUCUUUCUAAGAGGUGGCUGGAUGUAAUCACUACAUUUCACACACACCCUGUACACCUAAGUGUUACAACAGUUAGGCCAAGAAUCAAAGACAACUUAAAAACCCAGUAUUCAUUCUUGGGCUGUUUUUAUUCCUCAGAUACCAAAAUAUACUCAAAUCAGGUAUGUUCAGGUGAUCAUUCAGAGACAGAGCUCCUUCAGAGAUGAACAAGUGGAAAUAGACUAUGAAGUAUUUACUGCAUGUACAAAUGUGUGAUUUGCAAGUAUAGGAAGAAAAGCAGUAUUUUUGGGUCAGAGAUUUAAAAAGAACAACAAAUGAAAAAAAAAAACAACCAUCUGCUUAGCAGCAGGAGACAGCACAAACCAGAAGGCUCGAAUAUUGUGGCAGCCAGCAGUAAGUGGUGGCUGCUUUCAAGUAGCACUUCUAUUUGUAAAGGUGGUAGGAGGUGAGAGGGCCUGCAGCGAAUAAAAAAGAAGCUAUCUGAUCAUAAGAACACCUUCAGCAGUUUAAAAGAUGCAACUAUUUGGACAUAAUACACAGUUGGUCUACUCUUUUUUAACUUCAAAGAAUUAAUCGUCCAGUUCUCUCACCUCCAAAUGCAGAAUUUGACUGGCAAUAAGUUAAAAAAUUGUGCAUUUGAGAACUUCAGUAUCAGCAGAAAACACUGUUAGUCUGCUUGCAUAAUGGAAGGAUUUAAUUGAAGGGAAAAAAAAUACACAAAAUUAUGCAAUUUUGAAACAGAAACAGCAGACUGGUAAGUUUUUUCCCCUGCUUGCAGUUCCAUAAAGCAGGGACCUGAGUUUGCAGGGUGUCCAAUUUAGCAUCUCUUAUAUUUAGUCCUCCAUACCACAGAGGUUAAAAAUGAGUUUCACUUCAGUUUUGAUGCAUUUUACUUCAGAAUACAGUUUGAAGCAGACAGACACUCCCCUUACCCACCAAGUGAAGUUCGAAACUGACUACUAAAAGACUCACAAAAUUUAUUGACAAACUUUUCACACAGAUACUGUAUAUUUACAGUACUACCACACACAGGUCAGGUAUUAAAUGUCAAACAUUUACUAGUCUAAACUUGGCUACAGAAGUUGUUCUCUCUGCGAUUGCUUCACAGGAUAGAAGUUGGUUGGUUUGUUUGUUUUUUUAAUUAAACUGAAAGUUGAUCAUUGAUGACAGAAGUAUUUCAGGUUUAAAUUAAGUGAGGUUGACUGUAAGAGAUGCAUCAUCUAAUCUAGUGAGACUUCUCACCAGCUGCCCAGUAUUUCUUCUAAGGGUGGCAGCAACAAUAGCACUUAGUUCUGUUUCAGACAAUCCAUAAAACAAUUAAUGGCAACCAGUUGCCUAUCAACCCUAUUACUUACGUAACUGCAGCAGCUGUUAUAAGAAAUAAAGAUGAUGAAUUGCAGGAGGGCAACUGCAAACUUAAGGCUGUAAAAGCAUUCUUAGCUAUCCCCCAAACUUGUAAGGGUAUACAGUCCUGCCACCUGAACUAGAAGUGAGUUCAAAACUUUAUUUCUGGGAUCAUUCAUUUUGUAUAGUAUCUGUUUAUUUAAUAACAGGGCUGGUACAGCAUGGAUUUUUCAAGAUUUGCACUGAGGUUGACAAGUUCAUUUCUUGGCACUCAAACAUUACCAAAUUAAAAAUGUUUAUAAAGCAAAAAAAAUUAAAAAAAUUAACAUUAAAAAAAAAAAAAAA